AUGUUCGCACCCUGGUGCCCUCUGCUGGUGACCCUGGGGCCGAUCAGGGGACUCGUGGAGCAAGCAGCAGCUGGAGAGGGGCAAGAGGAGGCCUCCAAGCAUGUUCAACUUGAAUCGCGGAUGGCGUGCUGCAUUGCGAAAGUGUCGCCUUGACUAUGGGCAGCAUACCAACUGCAGCAAAGCCACCCAGAAGGACUCUGCUGAUGUGCCCAUUAUUUGUAUUCCACACAAGAUACAACAGCGCAUUGAAAACGUUCAGAAGCUCAAAACAAACAGGUCACUAAAAGUAUACACAAUGCGAGCCGGCAAGAUGCUGAUCCGUGCCCGGAGGCCAGGAUAUAAUCAACAUUCCAGCAUCACACACAGCAAGUUUGCUUUUCCCCGGCUUGCCUCUCAGGGCUGGAAACACAACAAAUCCAUUGGAGAUUUCUUUAUCAUAAACAGAUUGCAAGAGAAUCCAAUGGAACCUAUUGUGGAAAUUGAAGGGGACGGCAAAGAAAGAAAAACGAAUGUCAAUAGCUUUAGAUCGUUUCGAAUGUCUACGGAGGUGAUGCAGGCAUUGUCCAGCCAAGGCAUCCAGGCUCCUACCCCAGUACAGAUUCAGACAAUUCCGCUAAUUGUGAAGGGAUCCCAUGUUCUCUGUGCAGCUGCUACAGGCAGUGGCAAAACGCUCUGCUACCUGCUGCCCAUCGUGGAGCAGCUCCGGGACGAGGAGAAGAAGGGCAGUGCGUCGACGCAGCUGCGAUGUCCACGCAGCGUGAUCAUCGUUCCCUCCCGUGAGCUCCUCGACCAAGUCAAAGCAGUUGCCAAAAGUCUGAGCCAUCAUGCACCUCUGCGUGUUGAGGCCCUUGGCUGUGGACUUAGUAUGAGUCAAGUACGGCAAUUUCUGGACUCCCACUUGAUUGACGUGCUAAUUACAACCCCUGGCACUCUCUGGAGAGCUCUGAAGCAAGACUUGUUGGAUUUCACCGCCUUGAGACACUUGGUGUUGGACGAAGUGGACACCCUGUUGGACGACAGCUUCAACUCGGAGCUGCAGUGUAUCUUUACGCACGUCAACGUGCGGCAGAAACCCGAUGCAUCUGCCGGCCUACACCCGUGGGACGGGACACAGCUCAUUUUGAUUGGGGCAACAUUUCCACGCGGCGUUGACGAGCUGCUGGGACAAGUUAUGGAUACCUCCAGCUUCAGAGUGGUGCGCAGCAAUUUCCUGCACUGUGUGCCGCCUCAUGUGGAACAGACGUUCAUGAGGGUAAAUAACGAUGACAAAUUAGCCACUCUGAUAGAUCUGUUAAAGAAGAGAGACGGACACUCACAGUCUGGUGUCAUCGUCUUCUGUAACAAAGCGACCACGGUCAAUUGGAUCGGAUACAUGCUCGAUGCAAAUCACGUCAAGCACGUCCGCCUGCAGGGAACAAUGCCUUUUGAGAUGCGGGUUGACAUUCUGAAGAGGUUUCGCGAGAAGGAUGCUGGCGUGUUGGUUUGCACGGACAUCGGAUCGCGGGGCCUGGACACAGUGAGAGUGGAAACGGUAAUCAAUUACGAUUUCCCGACGUGCCUAUCGGAUUACCUGCACCGCGUGGGCCGCGUAGGCCGUGUGGGGAGCCUGGUGAGGGGCUCCGUCGUCAACAUCGUCACUCACCCCUGGGAUGUGGAGUUGGUGCAGAAGAUUGAGAUUGCGGUGCGACGUCACACGCCACUGCCGGGUAUCAACGCGAAUAUCAAACGCAAGCUCAAAAGUCGACAUGACAUUCACGAGGAAGCACAAAAGGAGAAGGGGUUGGAGGAGGAGGAGGAAGAAUCUUCCAAAUUUAUGCAUUAACAAGUCGGUCAAAAAUGUCAAUUUACCUUCCCCAAUGAAUUCACUUGUUGGUCUUCCAUGCGUAAUAUAAUUAUCCGCUCACAGCUGUUGAAACGUUUGGUUUGUAACGCCUAUUACCAUCAAGGCACUUUUAAAUCUAGAUUGAAAACUGUUUUCUUGAGAACUGCUUUUUUGUUUAGUUUGUUGUCCUUCAGCCGCACCUCCGAUUUAGCACAGUUGGCUACGUACGGUGCAAAAUAAGUUCAACGUACAUACAAAGCCACGUUAGAAUCUGCAAACGGUACAAAGCCAAUUCAAACGUCAGAGCAUUCAUAGCUCGGGCUGAGCUAGCUAUAUUGGCCUUCUCUGGUCUGACAUUGGUGAGACUAGGCCAUAAAGAAAGCUGUCUCUGGUGUAGGCCAAUCAGUUUCAAAGACAAUACGAAUAUUAUCAGAACAUGUUUGUUUGCAUGUUCACCACAAGUACGUGUGGUUGAUUCCUUGACGUUUUAACAUAUCUGCAAACAGCACCACACUUCGAGCACGCAUUCAAUUCAUAAUUUGAGUAAAAACUCGCCCCCACUAAAGAGAGCAUCGUAAUACUUUAGAGUAUAAAUUAAACGAGGGUAGUCCUACCUGCAAAAUCAAGACAUGUAAAAAAUAUCAAAAUGAGAGGACAUACUCAAGGAAAAUCCAAAAGGAGGAAAUGAGUCUUGCAGAGUUUCCUGAACUGUUUGUGACUCGGAGCCAAUCUGAGGGCCGGCGGAAGACCGUUCCAGAUCUUAGUCACCACACCCGAGGAGGCCCCCUACUACGGCCCAGCGUAGGAUGAAACAUUGAUCUGGUCCCAACAAUUUAGAAACCAAUGCAGUCCUCGAUAUACUUCAAUGUUAUCAACCAAUGAAUGACUGUUUACAUGUACGCAUGUUGAACUUCUUUCACGCUGUAUGUCGCCGACCAUACUAAUCAGAGGUGCGGAGGAA